AAGCGUGAGGGUCUGUCAUGGCCGCAGGCGGCGUGAAGCUUGCAGUCGCUGUCGCGCUAUGCGCAGCUCUUCUAUGCAUUAGCCUACAAGCAGUCAAUGCCGAGCAGCAGGAGGCUCCAAGGAGCGAGGAGGAGGAACGAGCUCCGCCCAAGGUGGCGAAGGAGCAAGAGGCCAAGAAGCCAGCUGCAGAAGUCUGCAGCUUGAAGGGUGAUCGCUGGAAGAAUUACCUCACCCAGAGUGAGAAAAUGUGGGGCGGCGCCUUCGCACGUUUGUGCGCACAAACGAUUCUUCACCCUAUCGAUACUCUCAGAACGCGCAGACAGGUGCGCGGAGGCCUGAGAUCAAACUUUGGCGAUCUCUGCAAGGGCAUCGUUCCUCAGAUGAUCGGCGCCAUGCCUGCUGGAGCCCUUCAAUUCAUCGUAUAUGAGAAAUCCAAGAAGGAAUUGAACGCGACGAUCAGCGAUAAAGCUCUGGGCUGGGCGAAGCCAUGGGUUGUGGAGAUCUGCUCGGCUUCUCUUGGCGCCGUUGCUGCUUCUGCUAUCAGGGUCCCACAGGAACGCAUCAAGCAACCAGUUCAAGCCGAUUUGUACAGCAACUGGAUCGAAGCCUGCAAGGGGAACUGGAACGAGAAGGGGGUCUCAGCCUUCUUCGUCGGCUCCAAGGCCACCGUCUUGAGAGACGUUCCCUGGAAUGCGUUCUCCUUCAUCUUCUUCAGGAUGUUCAAGACGGUGAGUUUCGACAAGUCGCUCAACCAGCAGGAGACUCUCGCCAUGGGAGCGCUGGGAGGUGCCCUCGCCGCUAUCGUGAUGACUCCUGUGGACGUUGUAAAGACCAGGUUGAUGACGCAGAAACCAGACGCGGACGGCAAGCUUCCUUAUCAAGGGCUCGUACAGUCGAUAAUGAAGAUUGCUCGUGAGGAAGGCUUCUUGGCCCUGAUGAAGGGAUGGAUUCCAAGAGUCUUCUACCUUGGUCCGCUCGCUUCCAUUGUCUUCUCCAUGUACGAGUACAUUGGCAAGACUAUGCUCCUCCGCCGUGGACCCAACUGGUGCAGGUCAGUAGGUGAAGGUCGAUGCUGCAUCCUUUGA